CAUCCACACCCGCCCGUCUCUAUGGUUACUAGACGCUUGCUAACAGCAUUUACUUGAGCAAUCGCCAUUUAGCGUUAAGGAAAGAGAGGCUUUAGGUUCGAUCGAAAGUUUUAACAUGAGCACCAUCACGUCAUCAGCGGGAACAGUUGAAAGUGUGACUGUGAGAAGAACAGAGUCAUCGGAUGCUCAGGAGAUCAAUCUUCUGAUCAGUCCGUCCACCGUUGCUGUGUUUGGCAGAGUCAAUGUUAUUCACCUUCUGGAGAAAGCAAAUCUGGCCGUGACACUGAGCACCAGUAAGGAUAAAGUGCUCGCUCAUGCAUCCUUCUCUGACCACCCCAUGGAAGAGCUGGUGGAUCAGGCAUGCUGGGAGAAUUAUUUCACAAACCCUGACAAUGCCCAAAAAAUGACUCCUCUGAACACUCUCUUUCUGCGCCUCUUUGUCGCUCAGCCUAGCUUCUCUAUUGGGGGAGCUAAAGAGAUAGUCAGAACCGUCUUCAAUGCCAUUGUGGAGUUGGAACACAUCUGCCUCAUGACUCCCUACAGAGGGCCACUCGAAGCAGGACUAGAGAAGAUCUUUGGUCCUUUAACGUGUCUCAAGGAGGAAAUUCAAAGUCCAGUUUAUGUUUGUCAUCGACACAAUCACUGUCCACGGCUCCAUGUCCGCAGAGCCAGAGUGGAGGAUCACGAUGACAUCAUGCAGAUAUUUGCAGAUCAGAUCGAGUCACUGGUGGAAACCCACGGGCCGUAUUUUCUGUCUGAGCUCAUCGAGUCUCAGGGCGAGGAGAAUCACGCUGUCGUCUGUGAGAUUGAAGGAUGUGUUGUAGGGUUUGUCAGCUUGAGUGAUCACAUUGACCUGAAGCUUCUAAACACAUGCUUUGAGCUUGGAGCAUUUGAAGAACUGAGAAAGACGAAUGCAGUGGAUCAAACAGUCAAACCAGAGGAGCCAACACCAUCAGAGGAGGAACAUCUCACCUCGUGUGUGUCUGUGGAGGGUGAAUUGGAUCCGGGAGAAGAGACACAAGGUGGAGACCCUUCUGACACAUCCCUGCCAGAGAAUGCAGAGUCAAGAGACACUGCCUCCUGCGAGGAUUCCGAACCAGACCGAUCUCCUAAUGCUUUCUGCAUUCAGCUCUUUACUAUGGAAAAGAGGUUUGAAAUGAGAUCAGCGGACCUCCUGCCUUACCUGUUUACACUUUAUCCUGAUCGGGAAUACUGUGUCAUCUCUGUUCCCAAACCGGCUCCAGAAUUCCCUCUCCUUCAGUCCUUCCUCAGAAUCAUUCCUCGUGAGAACAGCACAUUCCCACAUGAGCUGUACCUGUGCCAUCGCUGGGGGCUGCUCAGGACCCUGGAAGUGCGCGUCGCAGUGUCGGAUGAUAUCCCAGCAGUCCAGACUCUGAUAAAAAGUCUUAACCAGGAGAAAUCCGUCCGUGAUGACCUGGAUCUAUUUCUGCAGGCCCGAAAAGACGCGGAUGGGGCGGCUCUUCAGGCUUUCGUGUUUCGGGUGAAGGCUCAGAUUGUUGGUUUGAUGAUCAUCAGAGAUGAAGAGGACAUUGAGUUUAUUCAAGCCAACUUUGACAUCGAGCGGUUUAUGUAUUUUAGCCAUCACCAGAGAGAGGAACACGGCCGCCUGUGUCACUUCAUCCUCAACCCAAUAUGCCAGCACCACGGCAAGCAUUUCUUUAAAGAGGCGCUACGCUUGGCACACAAGACCUGCCUUUAUUACCCUCUCUACCCGACCCAGCACAGCCAUGAGAAUGUCAGUUCUCGCUCUCUGGCAGCCGUGCUGAACUUCAUGGUACCCGUGAGCCCGAGACGGCAGAUCAUCUACCCGCUGGAGGAGCUGGGCAUCAACGCACCCUCCCGCCACAUCACCAGACAACAGGAUCCCUUUGCCCUCUAUUACACCAACAGAAAACUCAGCAUGGAGCCGAAGGUCACCAUCAACAGCAGGAUCGUGGUAGUUGGAGCGUCUGACACAGGUUUAGCGUUCCUCGAAGCCUUGACUUUCUCUCCGCAUCUCAGAUUCAACAAUCUCACCCUCAUCUCCACUCACGGCCUUCCAGAUCACGCCGCUCCUGACAUGGGAUUUCUGGCUACAAGUCACUGCUACAGCUCUCAGGAUCACGCCCAGCUGUCCUUCCGUUCCUGGAUCAGCGUCGUGACGGACAAGAUGAAGGCCAUCGAUCGCGAGGCCAAACAUGUCGAACUGGCGAGCAACCACAAAGUACAGUACGACUGUUUGAUCCUCUGCGCUGGCCUUCAGUGUCAGAUGCCCAGUAUUAACAGUUCAGACACCAGUAUCCGGACCACCGGCACUCAGAAUCCACCAUGUUCACAACCCGUCCCGUCCAAUCUUUUCUCCCUCAAUGACCAACACGACUGCGGGAGCGUCCAUCGCUGGCUCAUCGACAACUUUCUAAACCGGACAGGUGAUGCUGUGGUUUAUGGAAGCAUCAUAAACGUGUACACAUGUGUGGAGACGCUCAUUCGUCUGGGUGUCAGUGGCGGGCGCAUUCAUAUAGUCCACCCCCCCGAUGACACCCCGUCACCCUGUUUUCAUGACAGCGCUGUGGAGCUCGCAGUCAAACAAGCUCUGGAGGAGGAGAAAGUCCACGUCCAUCACGACUGCCUAUUGGCUCAAAUUAAUGAUGGACAGCACCCGGAUCCAAUUACAUGUGUGUCCUUCACCACCGCUGGCCCUCCCAUCCGGCUCCAGUGUGCAGUACUCUUUAACUUCUCUCGUGAAACAGUUGACCGCGAUGCCUUCCGUGCUAUCAAUGAUGCCUGUUUAGUGUUUGAUGGCCGUCUGGUCAUUGAUCGCACUUUCCGUACCAAUGACCCCUCCAUAUACGCUGCCGGACCCUUAACUAAAUACUCCCGCCGUUACCAUGCCGACCAGUGGACCGGUUGCAUCUUUAAUUCCAAGGAAGUGGGACGUAGUUUGGCAUCUGUUCUGCUUCCGCUGUUCGACCCGACUGUGGAGCGUCCCGUGAGCCCAUCGGAAGACCACAAGCACCUGACUCCAGUCUACAAUCAAGCCAAAAUCCAAGGUGGAAGGUUACCAGGCAGCUACAAUUACCUCCAUGUCACGAAACCGAAUGCCAACAACACCCGAGCGUCAUCAGAUCAACAUGGUUGUGAUAUUGUGACAGGCCGGACUGAAACAGGGAACUACUUUUGCCUGCAUCUCAGCCAGCAUGACGUGGUGGAGACCAUCACGUGUCUCUCCAAGAAUCCUCUUCCCAUCUCCAACCUCUUGUGUCUCCACGGCAAACACCAGAUGCUGCUCAAUCACCUCCGCUCCAGAUACAACGACGGUUUAGUCCAGGACUUGUACAGCUACUUCAGAGAGAAUUGGUGCUUGGCACUGUUUCACGACCGCUUUACGGACUUUGAGCAAGAGGUUCGCCAAAUCAUGGAUUCAGCCAAAGUGGAGGGCGAUAAUGGUUUGGUUUCCAUGCACGAGGUUCUUCAGAAGAUGGUGGGGGAUAAAACAGAGACAGGCCAUCUGAUGAAUCUCAGCGAGAUGUUUGGGAAAAGCCAGACUUGUUCUGCUCUGAAGACGACCGUUCUGGACUAUCUGAAAUAUAACCGAUAUCAUCUCACUAUGUACGCCCGGCCGGGACUGCUGUAAUCAUGAUAACAUCACAAUUAGGAGUAAUCAAUCACUUCUUUAUCUUUAAUUUCCUUCAGUUUUACAUUUACUGCACUAUAUGUUUGGGGGUGGGGCAACUUGAGCAAAUAAAUCAAGCAGAUUAAUUCUGUCUCAUGCAAAUCUCUGGUGUGUAAUGAGUGACAUUCAUUAAACAUAUCUGUCUGUUGUUGAAUGUUUCAUGUAUGUGCUAAGCAGUAUUUGGUUAUAUAUUAUGCAGAGAUGUAGAGCACAGCGUGGCUCAUUGGUGCGGCGGGGCAGAUAAGGGCAGAAUGAGGGUAAGUCUGAGACAGCAGCAGCUGUAUGAUAAUGAAGGUGGGGCAGAAAAACACAGACGCAUGAUC